GGUAUUUUGUGUCAUACGUUGAUGAGCAAUAAACUAAAGACAACUGCUGAAAAAAAGAGGAUAAAAUGAACUCAUGUCAUGUUUUAUUCGCCAUAGUUCUCACGAAAUAUGUCUUAAUGGCUAAAGCUGGUACUCUUAAGGAACAAACAGGAAAACUGAACGCGACUUUUCCUUGCGGUGAUCUCGAAGCUGGCCAGAGAUGUAAGAUUCCGUUCGAGUUCUGUGACACCAUCAUGGGAUCGUGCACGUUGUGUAAUGUCGAUAUAUGCAGGGAGAAAUCCAGACCUAGCUGCAACAUAUUCUGUGAUGAUACAAGAAUUGAAAUAAAGAAAACAUUGAAUGAGCCUUCUUCAGAUUACAAGCAAGAUUACCAUAUCACUCUAGGUGUAUUGAUAGUGAUUGUGAUUGUCGUCUUGUAUAUUGUUGUGGUAAGCAUAACCAUGGUCAUACACCGACGAAAAAGAAACAAUCGUGAAGAUUUACCCGAGCAAAGGGAUAUGAGACCAAUCGCAAAUCCAACAGACUGAAUACAGCAGUAAAUAGAUCUUUCAAGACCUAUGACAAUACAGCCAAUGAUGAAUCUAACUGAUUAUUUAUUUUUAAUUGUUAAUCAUAUUUCAGGCACGUAGCAUCAGGGGAACCGGGGGGGGGGGGGGGCUGCAUUUUUUUUUUAAAUUUACACACAAAAAAAUUGAAUUAACAUGGAGUUGCCACCCCCCUCUUUUAUUGGACCAUGUAAAAAUUGAAUUGAAAAUAAGUAAAUGAACAGUGAAAUUGAAGUGAAAGGUAUACCUCCUCCCCCCCCCCCCCGAAAACUAAUUUUUAUUGUAAGUUAACUUCUUUUUUUGCUUGUCAAAUUUUUUUUUGGGAUUAGUCUGCCCCCCCCCCUUUUUCAAAAACGAUGCUACGUGCCUUUAUUAUGAUUUGGACAUUUUAAAAUUGUUCUGUAUAAAAUGUAUGUGUAUUCAUGUGCCUGUAGUUUGUUUCUUAUGUUGUUUUUUUUAUAUAACUAUAUCAAGUAUUUCCAUAAUGAAAUAA